UCGAAAAGUGGAAUAUAAAUGCACUAGCCAGAUGCAGAGUGUGUGUUUUCACCCCUAGGAAACUCCCUCCUACUUUUUCCUGCUGCCUGACAAAAUCCAGCUGGUGAAGCUUGCCCAUUGCAUCUCCGCGCAACUAGUAGGAAAAGCUUCACCGGUUGAAUCGCCGCCUGCCCUGCAGACAAUUUAACCAGCCAGAGACACAAAACCGUUUGCAACUCCCGCCCCCUCCAACCCUUACUAACGGGCCUUUUUCGUCUCAUCCUCUAGUCUAGCCCUUCCCACUUCUGAGAACGAGCAAACUACUUUCGUUUUCCACUUCCCAGAAACGGCCGCGCUUCCUAGAAGAUCCGAGGUCGUCGGAGGGGCUUUCCAGAGAAAGAGAGGCGCGGCUGACGAAAGGCUGCAAACCUGUCUCUCCCUCUCCCCUUUUGACUCCAGUUCCACUUUUAGCUCCCAGGAUAUACAAAACACACCCGAAGCUGCUCCUUUGAAAAACUCUUUUUUUAUUCUUUUGCACAAAGAGGCGCGAGGGGGCGUACGGCCGCCAGAGGGCGCGCCGUCCCCCUUCCUUUUAACCUCAUUUAGCGACGCGGAUUUGCUGCAGAAAGAAACUUUCCGGCUGGAUCGAGCCGAUCAGGUCCUUCCACGGUUGGAAACGGAGAACUGGGUGCAGCGGCUGCAGAUCUGCUGAGCGGCUGCUGCUUCUUCCUUGGACGCCGUCGUGAUGGUUUGCUGCUUUUUUUUCCAGAUGAGAUCUUUGGCCUGAUCCAGAUUCUUGAUUGAUUUCUUUUACAGUGGGGCUUUCCAGAACUGCACUUUGCCGGCCUCUCCUCCGAAGGCAGCUGCUCCUCUCUGUCUCUCUCUAGGAUCCUGCCAGCUGCAGAGAAGAUGAAGCCCUCCUGGGUGCCCUGGGUCUGGAUCCCCCCAGUGAUGCUCCUGGACUUCUUCACCCUCCGCCUGGCAUGGCAUCUGCUGAGGCUGCCCUGGUGGAGCCCCCUGGUGGCGUCCUGGGCCGUCGCCCUGGCACGGUGCCUGCUGCUGAGCCUCUCGGCUUGUGCCGUCACCUGCUGUGGGGGACCCGGGGUCUGGGGGACCCUCCGAGACAGCCUCCUGCCUGCAGCACUCCUCCUCAGCUUCCUGGUCCCCUGCUACGCAACCUUGCAGUACCUGUUUCUGUCUGAAGGGGUCGCUCUAGAGCUGGUGCACAGCUGGGCCCGGGCAGAUGUAUUUGCCCUCAGCUAUGUUGUUGUGGGGGCAUCGGCCCUGUUGUGGCACCACCUCGCCCCCCACAGGAAGGGGGAGGCGGAGAAGAAAUCUUCUGCAUCCUUUUGGCGCCUCGUCGCCACCAUGAGGCCAGAUCUGCUGAGAUUCGUAGCCAUCGCUGUGCUGCUAGUGGUCUCAUCCUUGGGGGAGAUGGCAAUUCCGUACUACACGGGGCAUGUGACCGACUGGAUCACCGGUGAGGCCGACCCUUCUGCGUUCAAGAGAGCUCUCUGGAUGAUGUCCGCCCUCACUAUUGGCAGCGCUCUGGCUGAGUUCCUGUGCGACUAUUUCUACAACACCACCAUGAACCACUUCCACACUCGCUUCCAGAGCAAUGUCUUCAGAGCCGUCCUGCGACAGGAAGUCGGCUUCUUCCACGCUAACAAGACAGGGGAUGUCACUUCCCGGGUGACAACUGACACGGACACCAUGAGCGAGGCCCUGAGCAGCGACCUCAGCCUGCUGAUGUGGUACCUGAUGCGAGGGGUCUUCCUCUAUGCGAUGAUGCUGUGGCUGUCGGUGCCCUUGACCCUCUUCGUCACAGUGGCCCUGCCCUUCAUCUUGCUGGUGCCAAAGCUCUCUGGGAAAUUUCACCAGAACCUGGCACUGCAGGUCCAGGAGUCCCUAGCCAAGGCCAAUGAAGUGGCCACAGAGACCUUCCAGGCCAUCUCCACCGUUCGCAGCUUUGCCAAUGAGGAUGGCGCCGCUCGGCGAUAUGAUGAGAAGUUGCAGGAUACAUACAAGCUGAACAAGUGGGAGGCCAUGGCCUAUGCGGCCUCCAUGUGGACUAGCGACCUCUCAGGCUUGGCUCUCAAGGUGGGGAUUCUCUACUAUGGAGGGCGCCUGGUCACUUUGGGAAGCGUCAGCAGCGGAGAACUUGUAACGUUUGUCCUCUACGAAAUGGAGUUUUCCACAGCAGUGAAGGUCCUCCUCGAUGUUUCUCCACGUGUACAAAAAGCUGUGGGCUCCUCUGAGAAGCUUUUUGAGUACAUUGACCGGACACCCCAGAUUAGCUCUUUGGGGACGCUAACACCCCAGGAUCUGAAGGGGCACGUUUUGAUGCGAGACAUCUCAUUCUCCUACCCCAACCGGGAAGGCCCUCCUGUGCUGAAGGGAGUGUCCCUAGAGCUGCGCCCUGGCACGGUGACGGCCCUGGUGGGCCCUUCGGGGUCAGGCAAGAGCACCCUUGUGGCUCUGCUGGAGCGGUUCUACGAGCCCCAGAGAGGGCAGGUGACCCUGGAUGGCAGAGAGCUGAGCAAAUACGACCACCGUUUCCUGCAUGAAAAGGUGGCGCUGGUGAGCCAAAGCCCGGUGCUCUUUGCCCGGUCCCUGCACAAGAACAUUGCUUACGGAUUAGGGGAGAAGAGUCGGGAGGAAGUGGCAAGGGUGGCCAGGCGAGUGGGGGCACAUCGAUUCAUUGCCAGGAUGAGCUGCGGCUAUGACACAGAUGCUGGAGAAACCGGGGGCCAGAUCUCCGGUGGCCAAAGGCAGGGGGUCGCCAUUGCCCGGGCUCUGAUCCGAGACCCCCGAGUGCUGAUCUUGGACGAUGCCACGAGCGCCCUUGAUAUGGAGAGCCAGCAGCAGGUAGAGAAGGAGAUCUACGAAGGGGAGGCUCGCCACAGGCACUCUGUCUUGCUCGUCUCCCACCGCCUGCGCAGCGUGGAGCGUGCUGACCGCAUCCUGGUCAUGGAAGAUGGGGAGAUCCAGGAGGAAGGGACCCACCUGGAACUGAUGGGAAAGAAGGGUGUCUACUGGCAGCUGGUGCAGAAGCAGCAGAAUGGAGCCGAGGGCAACAACUUUGUUGACGUGGACCACGAGCAUCUAUAGUGGGUUCAGAACUGAUGGAGGGUUCCUGGCCUAGACCUAUGGGGUUGUUGCCCAUCAUCACUGCCUCCUCUUUUGGCAGGAGGGAUGGGAAAAUGCCUGGCAUGUACCCAAUCCACCAGGCUGCAGCUCGUCACCUCAGCUAAGGCAAAAGAUCUGAGGAGACAAAACCUUGCUGGGACCAAAGGUCUCUGCUUUGCCUGCAGGAGGUCCCACGUUCAGUCCUCUGUGAAUAGGUAAAAACACUCCCUUGUCUGAAACCAUGGAGACCUGCUGCUGCCAGCCAGUGUAGACAGUACUGAGAUCGAUGGGCCCAAUGCUCUGACUCCCGUAUGAGGCAGCUUCCUCUGCUCCUAAUUUCUCCAUGAAAAUAGUAAUCUUUAUUUCAAGGCAUCUCCUAUAUCUGAGAGGGGCAACCCCACAAAAUUCCAGCUCUUCGAAACGCAUAUCUUUACAUCUGGAGUUGUUCGUAUGUUUUGGGCCACAUCUUGUGAUUGACUAUGUGGGGGCAAGGCUUGCCUGGCUCCCCCACCCCAAAAUAUUUUAUUCGAGUUGGCACCCCUGGCGGAGGCCGUUACACAUUUGUUAAUCGCUAUCUUUUCAUAAAAGAUCGGCAUGACUGGGGUUUUAAAACGGGUGCUUGGGAAUCAUACUGGGCAGAGGCUUCAAUCCCAUAAUCCUCUCUGCCUCCCUUACGUCAACCCAGAGGUGGCCCCCCUCUCUUGUCUGCAGGAGGUGUCCUUGCUUGACCUUCUUCUCACCCCACAUUUCCCCUCACUAUCAGAGCCAUCCCAACAGAUUUUGCUGCCUGAGGUCCCUUGCCAUGCACAAAAGUCACUUGGUCGGGCAGUCGAGGUCUAACUGUAGCCCUGUCAACUGGGUGGUGCCCUCCAUUUUGUUUUGUACGCCAUACUGUAAAAAAAAAGUGAGCUGGUUAAUCGCUUCGGUUCUUGUGAGCAGCUUUGGAAGGUUGUGAAUCUGAAUAAUAAUAAUAAUAAUAAUAAUAAUAAUAAUAAUAAUAAUAAUAAUUUAUUAUUUAUACCCCGCCCAUCUGGCUGUGUUUCCCCAGCCACUCUGGGCGACUUCCAACCAAAUAUUAAAACAGUACAACAUUAAACAUUAAAAACUUCCCUAAACAGGGCCGCCUUCAGUUGUCUUCUAAAAGUAAAAUAGUUACUUAUUGCCUUGACAUCUGCUGGGAGGGCGUUCCACAGGACGGGUGCCACUACCGAGAAAGCCCUCUGUCUGGUUCCCUGUAACCUCACUUCUCGCAACGAGGGAAUCGCCAGAAGGCCCUCGGUGCUGGAUCUCAGUGUCCGGGCUGAAUGGUGGGGGUGGAGACGCUCAUUCAGGUAUACAGGACCGAGGCCGUUUAGGGCUUUAAAGGUCAGUCCCAACACUUUGAAUUGUGCUCGGAAACGUACUGGGAGCCAGUGUAGAUCUCUCAGGACCGGUGUUAUGUGGUCCUGGCGGCCACUCCCAGUCACUAGUCUAGCUGCCGCAUUCUGGAGUGGGUCAGGAGUGGAGAACCCUUUUUCAUGCCCAAGGGCCGCAGUCCCUCAUGGGGAGCCUUCCGGGGGCCGCCUGACAGAUUGGGUGAAGCCAUGGAAGCGGCGCUUUCCUUUAUAUGGUGCAGGCUAUAUUUCAAUCAUACAAUACAAAGGUUUUCUACAAAGCGGUACACCUCCCCUCUAUUCAGGCAUUGGUUGCAUCCGUGCCAUACGUUUAAAACACUUGUGUGCCACGUAAACAGGCCCCGCUUCUCCCAGGGUGUCAGGGUUAAGGGUGUCGAGACCUGGGUCCAAAUCCCUGCUCGGCCCUGAAGCUCAGCUGAUGAACUUAGGCUUGGCCUAGCUUACCUCGCAGGGCUGUUAGGAUAAAAUGAGGAGGGGGAGAACCAGGAAUGCCACGAUGAGCUCAUUGGAGCAAAAGGUGGAAUGUAACUUUAAGAGAGGAGACGCCUCAUAGAGGGACAAUAGAUCAGCUUUAUUGAGAGAGGGGGAGCCUGGCCCACCAGUUCCUGAGGCAGCUGCCACCCCCUACCUAACGGCAAAAUUGGCAAUGGGUAUCAAAUUCCAUUCUGUAUUUAUGCAAUAACAUGGAGAUGGAGAGCUCUAUGGGGGCUUCCUAAAAAGCUGUACUCUGAGACAUUAUUUCCCCCCCUCAAACAGGACUAGGCAGAUGCUUAAAAUGUUGAGGUUUUUGUUUUGUUUUCGAGGGGGGGGGGACAUUUGUUUUUGUGUGUUUCUUAUGUGUGUGACCAGAGAAAUGUGCUUUUGUCUUAGGUGUGUGUAAAUUAAAAUACACUUUUUAUGCGG